CUCGUUAGUUGGUCUUGCGUCAUCGUCGGUGUGAGCCAGUCCAUUUCGAGCGGGUGUUUCCGUUCCGUUCUAGCACGAUCCAGGACUGUGAAGGCGGCCAGGGACUCGGUUGGUUGCCUGAGGAACGGCGAUCAUGGCGACUGCAGCUGGUCCAACGAGCGGAGUUCUGGCGCUGGCGGUGACGGUGGUGGUUCUGGCCUUGUCGGUGCUUCCGGAAGCUUCUGGCUAUGGCUUCAUCGAGUUUCUGGCGGACUACAAGAAUCCCCAAGUGUCACGCAUUGAGUUGAAAGGAGACGUCUAUCUGAGUUCCAACCUGCCGGAGCUGAGUCGCAACGUCACCAUCAUCGGCGUGGGGAAAACGCGUCCCGUGAUCGACGGCCAGAACAAGUACAGCGGCAUCGUUACCCACUCCGUGCUGUCGGUCAGGAACGUGGAGUUCAGGAACCUGGUCACGACGAGGUUCAGCGGCGGCGCUGCUAUUCUCUCCUUCGGCGACAACAAGUUCGAGAGCUGUGUGUUCUACAACAACAGGGCGUUUGGCUCGGGUGACAGCGGGAAUGGAGGCGCCAUUUACUUCUACUCCAACACGUGGAGGAUCAGCAACUGCCAGUUCAUAGCUAACCGGGCAUCGCAAACCGGAGGUGCUCUCUACGCUUUGGGCGAGAGCAACGGCAAACUGACUGGCAGCACGUUCACCAACAACUAUGCCAAGAGCAGAGGCGGAGCCGUGGCAUUGAUUGGGUCCACUGCAACCAUCGACAAGUGUGCGUUCCAAGGCAACCAGGCGGACGGAGAUGUCGGCGGAGCGGUGUCGUGUUCGAGGGGCGGCUGCUACAUUUCCAGGAACAGCUUCCGAAACAAUGUGGUGAAUGGAACGGGCGGCGCCGUGCGUUUCUUCGCCGACGACGAAGGAGGAAACGGUGUUCUCUGCAAAGGAAACACCUUCUCAGGCAACAAAGCGGCCGACAGCUCCACGAGCAACUUGCACAUAGUUGUAACGGACACUUUGAAGUCUUGGAGCUUUUGCGCCAAGGCGCCAGCCGGGACCAAGGUCGAUGCGGCAAGCAGCGCAAUCGAGUAUGGCAACUGCCGCCGCUGCCCCAAAUGAGAGGUCCUGGGAUUCCAAGCCAACCCUCAGCUAGCCCUCCUGGUCUGGGAUUAUUUUUCAAUACGCGAACAUGCAGACUGAUGCAGUUGCACUUGCUGUAUGCACUGUGCAGUGCAUUUGGUCUCAUUCUUCACGACUCGUGUUGUUCUCGGCUAGACGGUCAGAACAGAGGCAACCGGUAGUAAGUCGGGUUUGGCAUUAGUCGAGCGCCGACGUGGAGGUGGUGAGGUGGAGGUGGUGAGGUGGAGGUGGUGAGGUGGAGGUGGAGGUGGAGGUGAAGGUGUAGGUUUUAGUCUCCAGUAGCAGGCGUUCUCAAAUACAGGGUGUUUUGUGUGUUCUGCGACAUAGGUGCCUUGUCUCUGAGCAAGGUAAGCAAUCUUCGCAGAUGUGCUCUGGAAAGGGCAACUGCUUCUCGGUUGGAUUAGCAGCGAGGAUGAGCCUGUGGGCGCCUUCCCUCGGAGCCAAGGAACGCAUCCUGCGAGCAUUUUGGCUGAGAGACCGUGUUCGUAUUAGGAGUUUCGUGACCGUUUAUGACAAUGUUUCUAUCCAGAUUUAGUGGGAACGGGGAGAACAAGGAGUGGCUAGCUGUGGUCGUGCGAAUAGGAUGCGAGCUUGAAAAGAGAGUGCUUCGGUGAAUAUAAACAAAAACGGCUGUCUUGU